AUGGUAUGCAAUUUGAAUUGUACUGCUGAUUGGCGACCAUCCGUUUGGGGACAGUGUAGUCGAACAUGUGGUGAUGGUGGAGUACAGAUGCGUCUAUUACGUUGCGUAUGGCGUGGAACACGUAAACCAGCUGGUCGUAAUUGUCAAUCAUCAUUACGACCAAUAGCAAUUCGAGCAUGUCAAGAAGCUAGCAAUUUACCGCCAUGUCCACCAUCAACAGGUGCUAGCGCUAUUGUCGCUGCUGCUCCUAAUGCUAUAGACAUUGCAUCUAAGCCUUUUUUACUCAAAGGAUUGGAAAAUUGGCGUGGCUGGAAGCUUUAUGAUUGGUCAACUGAUAGUAAUGGCAAUUUUCGACGAAAAUUUUGA